CCUUCUGCAUUCUGCAAAUCCCAUACCCGCAGUCUCUUGCCCACCCCAAACCCUCUUUUUCUACACAGAUACCCCCGCCAAACCGCACAAAUGGAUCAGAUCAAGAAGCGUAUGGAAGCCCUCCGCGUCGAGGCCGACGAGAGCUCCUCCAAAGCCGAGGAGUACAAGGCCAAGGUCAAGGCCCUGGAAGCCGAGACAACACAGAAGGAGCAGGAGAUCACCUCCUUGACGCACAAGAACCAGGUUCUAGAGUCCGAGGUGGAAAAGCUCGAAGGGUCAGUAAAGACGUACAAGGACGAAGCUGCCGGUGGUGCGGCAGCAGGCACCCAAGCCGAAUCGAUGCAACGCAAGAUCCAGGUGCUCGAGGAUGAGGCUGAGGAGUCUGACAGACAAAUUCGCGAACUCAACGAGAAGCUCCGCCAAACCGACGUCAAAUCCGGUCAUUAUGAACGCAAGGUGCAGGCUCUCGAGCAGUCUCGCGAUCAAUGGGAAACCAAGUACGAGGAGAUGGCCCAGAAAUACGAGGCAACCAAGAAGGAGCUUGAUGACUUUGUCAAGGAGAUUGGUAACAUCUAAAUCUUCCCAGCACUAAGUCUCUCUCCUUUUUGGCUGUUUUUAACACGCAAGCCAAGUGUUAUCCUGAGCGUUACCAUCCGACGGCCGCGGCGCAUGAAUAUAGGGGUCUGAAAUGGAAUGUGGGAAUCCAUCAAAUAUGGCGCCAAGGAAUCGAAGUCUGCUACUACUGCUACUACAACUACAUCCCCUACAUGCAUUUGUUUUCCGGUCUCUUCCUAUUUGUGUGGCUGUUUGGAGCACGGGGUGGCGGCUGCGAUUGUACGCCUUAGAUAAUCUCUGAGCGUGACAAUACAUUGUGUUGUUCUGUGCAAGCAUGCUCGUCUAAUGAAACCAUAUCGAGGUUUUUAUACAUUCAUAUCAUUCGAUCACUAAUGAAGUGUCGACACAGCGGCUGUUAUGCGUCGAUACAUAGUAACAGAAUCACAUCAUACGGGUAUCUUUCCUCGGCCCCUUUUUUACCUAUAUCGCUCCCCUGUCCGUGGUCUCGAACACGGACCCAAGGCCAUCCUCCAAAAUCCCAGACAGCCAACAAACACAUAACCCCCU